GUCUACACAGUUAACAACAAGCUUACAUGUACGUUGGUAAAUUACUUAAAAACAUCCUUAAAUCUGUUUACAACUACAUUAUAGUGUGUUUUAACCUUUACAAAUACCUGUUAAUACCCUUAACUCCAUAAUACAUAGUCCCACUUAGAUUAGUUUUGUUUCUCUCAUGAGCUCUCUUUGUGUUUUUUAGAUUAUUUGGUGAAUCGAGCUGAAAUCACUUUGUGUUCAAUCGACAAAAUGCAGCAGAGCCACACCGUCUACCUGGGGAACAGAAAUGACGCCAGUGGUUUGUUGAGAUCCGUCACUCAGUUCUCUCACCUCGCCGCUGACACGAUCGUGAACGGAGCCGCGACGUCUCACUCCGCUCCCGUCGACCAGGCCGACCGAUUAACGGACGGCUGUCGGGACUGUGCCAAUAACUGUCUUCAGUUCCUGAAGGACCUGAAGAUUCAGGCCAGUUUACCGAGAGCAGAUCCCUCCGCCGUACGCUACGCCGUCCAACGCCUCCUCGCUCAAGCACAG